UUUUGACGUGGCGAGAUCCCAUUGGUAGGAUUCGGUGUGGUCAGUUGAAUAGGAUCUAGAACCCUACAUACAAGAAAACCCGUUCGGAAGUGAGAAACGGAGAGAGAUCACAGAUCAGACAUGUCGUCGCACAAUAACCAUUCAACUUCGGCCAACGACCCGAGACAACCAUCAGCAGCAAAGCCAUUCGUUGCGACGCCGGUAUCUCCGCAAGAUCUCCCCGUCGAUUAUUCCGGUUUUAUCGCUGUGGUUUUCGGCAUCGCUGGCGUCAUGUUCAGGUACAAGCUGAGCUCGUGGCUAGCUAUCAUAUUCUGCGCCCAAUCACUGGCGAACAUAAGGAACGUGGAGAACGAUCUCAAGCAGAUCUCCAUGGCUAUGAUGUUUGCUAUCAUGGGAUUAGUAACAAACUAUUUGGGACCAGCUCGGCCGGGCACCCAGAGUUAAAGAUAGCUCGGAUCAUGUAGUUUAGCAUGCACAUUUCUUUUUGUUUGAUGAUGUCCAUUCAUGAAGUUGAGAUAAAUGGUGAACUUAUUCAAGUUUCAUUUUGUUGGAUAAUAAUUCCUGUUUCUUUUCCAUUAAUUCUAGUUUCUAGAGAUGGGCAAGUAAUGCCAAAAAUGUGAUGACUAGUUUGUACUUACGAUGCUGAAAAUCCUAUUUUUACAGUUGCUCAGAGUUUUGACUGCAUGUUGGAUCUUUCCAUCUGUUGUAGCUCUCAAUCAAACACAUUUACCCUAAGCUAAAUUCCCAUCAUGGUCUUCACAGCCACAGAUGAAGAUCAAGUAGCUAUUUAUAAAAGUUUAUUUUUAUUUUUAUAUUAGCACUUGCUGAAUAAAUAAACUCUCAGGUCAUCAGAACAUUUUGAAAAGAGGGUUGCAUUGCUGAAGCAGUUUUUGCAAGCAGUGACAGAUAGUCAUACCAGCCCUAACACAACCUUUGAUAUUAGCCCCACUGAGGAUGUUGCCCUUUUAUGGAGUCAAUGUCUCAUUCACCAACUCGUAAUCAAGGCUAGUUUCAUUUCCAGAUGGACUGGGGGUAGGGUAGACAGACACCCUAGGUUUCUUGAAAAGAGAUUAAAAAGGAGGAAGUUAACUGCUCUAAAAUACAAAUAAAAACCAUAAGUAUAGUUCUUUUUUGUUCUCAAAUUUAUUUUAAUAAAAAACAAAUGAACUACUCUACUGCUGGAACUGCAAUGAGCAGUAAGUUUAUCUGGCUGUCAAAGAAGAAGCAGUGAAAUUGAUGGAGAUUUCAAAUCAUCCUACCAAAAGAUGCAGAAGCUUGUAUUUUGAAUGUUGCUUGUAAGAUCUUUGAGCCUGUCAAUAAUUCCAAUUGUCUUUUUAUGAGCUUGAUUCAUCAGCCUUCAAUUUGAUUCCCAAUAUCCACAUUUACUUGCAAACAUUCAUAUUAGAUCUUUUUCUGAUAACUUUGGCCAGAGGAUAAAGUCACGAGUGAGACUUAAGCUCCAGGCUGUGCGACUCUUGAACUCGGGAUUGACUCCUGUGAUUUUGCAUGGAGGAGUAAUGGUAAUGUGAUAAUAAUACUUGCUUAGGGAGGCUUAUAUAAAAACCUUCUGUUUCAGAUAUGUUUGUUGCAUUUGGCAGCAAAGCAACCUUGAGCCAGCUACAGUUUGAGGAACUGCGAAUUGGUCUUGAACUCACAGGCAGCCGAUUAUCUUUGGUUGUUCAAUCCGACUUUAAUCAAGGAUCACCUGAAAAUAAAAAUCCCAGAGGACUUCAGGGAUAGAUUAGCUGAUCAUCGUAAAAUUUGUACAGGGCUUCUCAAGGAAAGGUGUUGAUUAACCUCUGCGUUGCUUGUGCCACAGUUCGAUUUUUUACUAUCCAUUUCACUUCACAAUUUUUUAUUACUCCUUACUCUUGCAAGCGAAGUAAUGCUCCCAAGUAAAAUUUUUUUGCAACAAAGGGUAACUAAAAAUGCUGUCAGUCU